CUCCACAUCCCUCUCAUCGAGAUCUUGCGCACUCGUCUCGGGGCUCGCAUAAAACCAAUCAUGCUUCAAAUCAGGAAGCAGAGCACUGAGAAAUUUAUCAGCGGCUCUGACCACAUUGCUUCUGACGCCUACGCCCGAAAAGGCACCAGCCCUGCAGCCUCCGCUUCGUCAAGCCGAAGAAUGGAUGCCCAAGAACGAGCCGCUCUAGAUAUUUCCACCAGAAACCCUCAAGAAGACUUUGAACUUCUGCAGCGAGUUGGCGGAGGGACCUAUGGGGAAGUCUUUAAGGCAAAAAACAAAGAAAGCGGGAAAUUGGCUGCAAUUAAGAUUGUCAAGAUGGAAGCUGAUGAUGAUUGUGCCAUUAUUCAGCAGGAGAUCCUGAUGGUGAAAACGUGCAAACACCACAACAUUGUUGCCUACUAUGGAAGCUAUAUUCGAUCGAACAAACUGUGGAUUUGCAUGGAGUUCUGUGCGGGAGGCUCUCUUCAAGAUGUCUACCAAGCUACUGGACCCUUGACAGAGCUGCAAAUUGCUUACGUAUGUCGAGAAACAUUGCAAGGUCUUUCUUAUCUUCAUAACCAAGGGAAGAUCCAUAGAGAUAUCAAGGGAGCCAACAUUCUCCUCAAUGACCAUGGGGAAGUAAAACUGGCUGACUUUGGUAUCUCAGCUCAACUCAGUGCUACCUUUGCCCGGAGGAUGUCUUUCAUCGGUACACCUUACUGGAUGGCUCCAGAAGUGGCAGCGGUGGAGCUCAAGGGAGGAUAUAAUGAACUGUGUGAUGUGUGGUCAGUGGGGAUCACGGCUAUUGAGUUGGCAGAGCUUCAGCCUCCUCUGUUUGAUACACACCCUUUACGGGUCUUGGUCUUGAUGACAAAGAGUGGCUACCAGUCUCCGAAGCUCAAGGAGAAAGGCCGGUGGACACCAGCUUUCCACAACUUUGUCAAGGUGACACUAACCAAGAACCCCAAGAAGAGACCCAGUGCCUCCAAGAUGCUUACUCAUCAAUUUGUUGCCCAGCAAGGUCUCGGCCGCAACCUGACCCUUGAUCUACUUGAGAAGCUACGCGAUCCUGACAAACUCUCCACCUGCCGAUGUGACACAGAAGAAGAGGAACAAGAGCCCCCUCCUCCUGUUCCUCGAAGAAUUCGUUCCAGCCAACGACAAGCUGUAUCCUCUCCUGGGUAUAUUGAACCCCAAGCUCAUCAUUUUGGCCUUGAUCGCAGAAACCGGCGGAGUCUAGAGUCUCCAAAUUUCACGGAAAGCUCCACAGACCCUGGUUAUGGGACUGGCAGCGACCUCUACAGCUCUCCAUUCAGCAGCAGAGAAGCGACAACAGACUCGGACAAUGAUUACGAUGACGUGGACAUCCCCAGCAGACGUCACGCAAGCAGUGAAUCUUUAUCUGUGAAUGUUCCACCUCCACUGCCUCCAAAGCCUAAACUCAGGACCACAUCAGAUGAGACAGUGGCGGGGCGAUCGGCCGCAAGGUGUCCUUCCAAGCCCAUAUUCCGGGGAAGAUGUUCCAGUGGACCUGUCACAAGCAGGCCUCCACAACUAAUUUCUCCAAUGGCAGCCGAGGGAUCCCACAUCUCUGCCAGAUCAGUCCCUGAAUUGCGCCCCAUUCCCCCAACUGAGGAGCCGCCCAUCCUUCCACCAAAACCGGAGAAGAAAGAGAAAGCAGACCGAGCACUUUUCAAGAAGGUGUUUAAUGAAUGCCCCUUACACAUCACCUCAGCUACUACUUGGACGCAUCCAAACACCAACGGUAAGGAGAGACAAGGCAAGGCAAAGAGGGAAAAUCAAAGAAGUGGGGCUCAGGGCCAAGGGCUUGACACCAAGGGCGCGGACGUCAGGGUGUGGGCGGAGGAACUCGAGGAGGACACACUUCUGUUAGGAGUGGUGGGAGUUCUGGAGAAGGAGAUGGAAAAACAGAAGCUUCUGUAUCAACAAUCCCGGUUGCACAACCGAGGGGCAGCCGAGAUGGUUCUGCAGAUGAUCAGCGCCUGCAAAGGAGAGCCUGGUGCCAUGGUGUCUUCCACGUUGAAACUGGGCAUCUCCAUCCUGAAUGGCGGCAACGAGGAAGUGCAGGAUUUUGACCUCUUUCUCUUCUUUCCUUCCUCCCUCAAGCUCUAUCACAGCCGCACAACCUGGGUAUACUGCAUUGGGAAUGUCCUCAUGUCACUUUCUGGAAAGUCCUCCCAGCUCUUCUCGCACAGUUUGCUGGGCCUCUAUGAGCAGAGCAGACGAGACCAGCGGCCCGGGAUGGCCAUUUCUCCGCACAGACUGCUACCUAGGAAAAACAUCAUCACCACAAAGAUCCAAGAUACCAAAGGAUGCCAGAAAUGUUGCACAGCCAUGAAUGCACAAAGCAACUGCCACUACCUAUGUGGGGCACUGGAGGCUGGUGUGGUGCUGCUGCAAUGGUAUGAACCCAUGCAGAAAUUCAUGCUGGUCAAGUAUUUUGACUUCCCGCUCCCCUCCUCACUGCCCGUCUUCGAGAUGCUUGUGGCCCCUGACCAGGAGUAUCCUUUGGUUUGCUUUGGAGUGAGCAAGGGACCCCCAGGGCAGGCGGUCCAGUUCCAGAUCAUCAACCUCAAUUCACUGACCUCCUGGUUCAUUGAUGACAGCAGCGAACCUGCAUGCUCUGACCCUGUUCAGGUGACCCAGCUGGACAGCAAGAGAGUGCUGGUUCUGAUGCACAAGAGCAUCCAGUUUGUCACCCUCCAAGGGCUGCUGCUUCAGUGCCCUCCGCAACUGACCUGUGAUGUGGAAGUGGAGUCACUUGCGGUAGUGCACAACACUGUGUAUGCAUUUUGGCGGCAUGGAGUGCAGACGUGGCUUAUAGGAUCACGACAGGUGGCACAGGAUCUGCGGGAUCAGCGAUGGACCUUCCGUCUACUGGGAGCCUCCAGCACUGUUGUAUUAGAGACACGGCCUGUGGAUGAACCCAACUCCACCAGCAACCUCUAUGUGCCAGAAUGACCCUCGCCCAAAGUUUACCUACAAGGCAUUUGUACAUACAGACUUUGGCAAUUGUAGCCCUCUUUUUUGAGUCCCUUGUGCUACCUCUGUAUCUUCAACACAGAUAGCCUUGCAGGAGGCACAGGAGGACUGAGAGCAACAAACGCACCUGUCACAACUCUCGGUGGUGCUUCAAAAACAGUAAGAGAAGGACUGGGUUGGAACACCCACUCUGCAUUUCAAUUGGCUCGGCACAAAUCCAGAGAGGUGUCAGUUUCCUGGUUUCCCUUUACAUGCAAGCUUCACCUUAGUAAAGAAUGUGCUCAUUUCUCCCUG